AUGGAUCAAACUCAGGCUGAGGCAUCCCAAGCCGCCAAUUGUGAUCAGAUCCCGGUCAUCGAUCUGUCGUAUUUGAAUAGUUCAAACCCCGAGGAACGUCAGCAGCUCGCUCGAAACAUUUAUGACGCAUGUACACAGGUCGGAUUUUUCUAUAUCAAGAAUCAUGGAAUCCCCGAAGAAAUGGUUACUGGCAUUCAUCGUGCCGCGGAGUCCUUCUUCGCUCUCCCAGAGGAACAAAAAAUGAAGCUUUAUAUUGGCAAUUCUCAAAAAUUCCGUGGCUACAGUCCCAUAGGUGGCGAGAAGACAACAGGAACAGACGAUGAUCCCGUAUCAGCAGAAGACGCAACAGGUGUUCUCUCAGAAGCAUUUGAUGUGGGAUACGAGACGUCCAUGGACUUUCAAAAACCUACCAAUGCGGUUGUCGAGGCAGACCCCUAUGGUUUAUACGGUGAUAACCAAUGGCCCAAUGAAGAUAUGCUUGCUGGCUUCAAGGAAACCUACAUUCAAUACUGCGCCACAUUGUUAGAAUUUUGUCGCAAGCUGAUGAAGGUUAUUGCGCUUGCUUUGCAGGUACCAGAAGACUACUUUGACUCCAAAAUUCGAACGCCGGGUGUCACUUCCAGGAUGAUGCACUAUCCAGCACAGCCAGUUGGAGAAGCCCGAGAAGGACUUGGCGCACACACAGAUUGGGAGUGCUUUACAAUUCUUUCGCAGGGAAAGGUUCCAGGGCUACAAGUCUUGAACCACCGAGGAGAAUGGAUUCUUGCGCCUCCGAUUUCAGGAACAUUGGUUGUCAAUAUAGCUGAUUGCCUAUCAACUUGGACGAACAAAAAAUUCAAAUCAACAAUUCACCGGGUAACGAACAUCUCCGGCGAGGAGCGCUACUCGAUUCCUUUCUUCUUCGGAAUCGACUACGAUGCCACAGUGGCUGUUUUGGAUAACCAUACUUCCGAAGAUAACCCUGCUUGCAGGCCACCCUUUAAGGCAGGCGAGUGGGUCCGCGAGAAGAUGUCUAAAGCAUACGUUGGUUAUGGCGGCUAG